AUGAUAGAAUCAUAUAAAAAUAAACUUCAACGUGUCAAUGAAGAUUGUGAAACUGUACAAUGUUCAUUGAUAGACAAUUGUGAGCUAUUACCAAAAUUAAUAUCAGAUGUAGAAAGUCAAUUGUAUGCAGUUGAAUCAGAUAUUCAUCGAGAAUUUGAAGCAUUCAAUCGUGCUGUGGAUAGCUUAUCAAUGCUUCAAAAAUAUGAACAUUUAAUAACUACAGAGUUGAAACCAACAUUUGAUCAAGUGUAUGCCUUAAUGGAGAAAUUAGUGGAAGUUACAAAUAACGAGAAAGAAUAUCAAGGAGUAGUGGAUUUACUAGUGAAAGAUAAUAAGAAAAUGCAGGCAACAGUGGAAGAAGUACAGGCACAGUUAGCUGAACAUCAUUCACAGGUGGUGAGAAGGAAGUUGUUAUUGAAUAACAGGAAGAAGAUUUUGGCAUUUGAUGAUGACUUUUGUCAUCUUGUAACACCAUCUUACCUGCCUUGA